AUGGCUAGCAACCGGGUCCCAAUCAACUACAACACGCCUUCGUUUCCCUCGCUGUACAACCCGCUUCCCUACCACCACAAAGAAGCUUAUUAUCUUUACUAUACGACGGAUAUUUGGCGCUUCACGCUAUACUGGACUUUGAUUUUCUAUGGAGUGACUCAUCUGGUAGUCGCCGGGUGCGCUAUACUCACGCAUUUUCGCAAUUGGAGCGUGAUAUGGCUUGUACCAUUGCUGUAUGGCGUGGUUGCCGGCUUAGAAGCACUGCUAUCUGGGAGCAUUGUUGGCGUAGUGCUUGGUUCACUCUAUGAAUCAGGGAAUUUUAGGAUGUCAACAUGGGUGCCAAUGAUCUGGGGUGGAGUCAACGUCAUGGUGCUCAUUUUGACCAGUUUCCCUAUGCAAGGUGGACUUUAA